UACGACUAAACCAAUGAAACUUUAAAAGAGUCGACUUUUGGUCUCCGCCUUCAUUUAGAGUUUAUAUCUUCAAGUAAAGGUUGUGAGUCUUGGAGGGCGUAAAAAAAUAACCUGGCCCAAAAUGGCCCAAAGCUAUCAAUCAACUACGGUUUUGAGUGAGGAGAAAGAACUAACACUGCAACAUUUGGUGCCCCAAGCAUCGCCCAGGAAGUAUCAAAUAGUGUAUCCGAACCUCAUUACGUUUGGUUACUGGCACAUAGCCGGACUUUAUGGCCUUUACUUGUGCUUCACUUCUGCUAAAUGGGCUACGAUUUUAUUCAGCUACAUCCUCUUCGUGUUAGCAGAAAUAGGAAUCACGGCUGGCGCUCACAGACUCUGGGCCCACAAAACUUACAAAGCGAAACUACCAUUAGAAAUACUCUUAAUGGUAUUCAACUCCAUCGCGUUCCAAAACUCAGCCAUUGACUGGGUGAGGGACCACCGACUCCACCAUAAGUAUAGCGAUACAGAUGCUGAUCCCCACAAUGCCAGCCGAGGGUUCUUUUAUUCCCAUGUAGGAUGGCUACUUGUGAGAAAACAUCCUGAAGUCAAAAAGCGAGGGAAAGAACUCAAUAUGUCCGAUAUUUACAACAAUCCUGUCCUGCGGUUUCAGAAAAAAUACGCCAUACCCUUCAUUGGGGCUGUUUGUUUCGCCUUACCUACAAUGAUACCUGUUUACUUCUGGGGAGAAACCUGGUCCAAUGCUUGGCAUAUCACCAUGCUUCGCUACAUCAUGAACCUCAAUGUCACCUUUUUGGUAAACAGCGCUGCUCAUAUAUGGGGAAACAAGCCUUAUGACGCAAAAAUAUUACCUGCACAAAAUGUAGCUGUGUCGGUCGCCACUGGUGGAGAAGGUUUCCAUAAUUACCACCAUGUCUUCCCCUGGGAUUAUCGGGCAGCGGAACUCGGUAACAAUAGCCUCAAUCUGACGACUAAAUUCAUAGAUUUAUUCGCAGCAAUCGGAUGGGCAUAUGAUCUGAAGACGGUUUCGGAGGAUAUGAUAAAACAAAGGAUUAAACGCACUGGAGAUGGAACGGAUCUUUGGGGACACGAACAAAACUGUGAUGAAGUGUGGGAUGUAAAAGAUAAAUCAAGUUAAAUGAUGGGUAGAGGUUUUAAUAGAGAUUGAUUCCUUAUUGUGAUAUUAUAAUUUUAUUUAUUGGUACAGUUAAGUAGUUUAUUGGAUCCGGACUUUGAGAUUUACCUGGCAUUGUAAAUAAGACGAAUUAGUUAAUUCAUGCUAUCUCAUAUUGCCAUUGGAUAGUUAUAAAAUUAGAAGCUAAAUCACGUGACCAAUAUGUGUAAUAAAUCUGCGUUUAAGUUUAUGAUACCCGUGAUAAUAACCCAUUGUUAUAUUUAUAAGCGACAAUAAUCAAAUAAACCAAUUUAAAAGGUG